CAAAAGCCUUCAGGAGGUGUAAAAAAGUUGAUUCAGCAUAUUUGAACCUUCAUCAGCCACACUUGCAGCUCGGAGAUCUGUAAACCAGAUAUGUGUGUGGAUGCUUGUUUGAGGAUUUGAAUGUGAAAACAACAUCGAAGUCUUCAGGAGUUUUUCCUCCAUUGUUUUAGGAGAAUAACUGUAUAGUUUGAGCAGUUUUCUAGCUCCUGUGAGAGCAUAAUUUCAACAAAAUCCUGUAUCUGAAACGCAAACCUAUACUGUCGUUUGAAGAAAUGUAUUGAUAUGGCACAACCUGCUGGUGCUUUAGGGGACGUGCAAUAUAUAAAAAAAGAUGUGCCUGGGUUGGAUUUGUAAGUCCAGUUUUCUAAGUGCAGCUCAUGUGUGCAUGUCAUAGCCUCUAAUUCAAAGUUAUAAAGCGCCGUGGUAGCAAAAUUAAUUGGUUUAAAUGAGUUAUUUUAUGUGAUUUAAAUUAAGUGUAGGCCAUAAUGGUUGGUCAAUAACAACACUUCGUGCAAGAACGGUGCCAGCGUCCUCAUUCGUUGCCGUACUCUCUGAAUUUCUCUGAAGCUCGACACACGCAAAUGUUGACUUUCCAAGUUGUCCUUUGAGAGCACAGUUUCCCUCUAGCGCUCGGGGCGUGUUUUUCCCAGCGCCUCGUCAUGGCGGCGGCACAGAUCCGAGCUCUGGUGUCAGGUCGGUGGCUGGCAGAUUCCGUCAGAAGCGACCUCGUCGGUGCCAAGCUUCGCAUUCUUGACACUUCGUGGUACCUGCCGAAAAUGCAACGGGACCCGAGAGCUGAAUUUGCGCAGAGGCACAUACCGGGCUCCUCGUUUUUUGACAUAGACGAGUGCUGCGACAAGAGCUCUGCGUUUGAUCACAUGCUGCCAACUUUCAGCCACUUCUCCCAGUACGUGGGCGGUCUAGGCAUCGGGAACGACACGCACGUAGUCGUGUAUGACACCAGCGACUUCGGGUCGUUCAGCGCGCCCCGGGUGUGGUGGAUGUUCCGGCUGUUCGGACACAGUUUGGUCUCGGUGCUGGACGGUGGCAUGAAGAACUGGUUGGCCGACGGCUUUCCGGUGACGUCUGACUACUGCGAACCGGAGCGCAGAGAGUUCAAGGCGACUUUGAAUCAGUCGUGGGUGAAGAGCUACGGGGACGUGCUGGAGAACAUCAAAACCGGGCAGGUCCAGGUUGUGGAUGCCAGGUCAGCUGGCAGGUUCAGGGGGAUUGAGCCGGAGCCCAGAGAUGACACGCUGCCGGGCCAUUUCCCCGGUGCAAUCAACAUGCCAUUCACGUCUUUCAUGGACGCCUCUGGAAAGGAGCUGGGAACUGAGGACCUGUCCAGCCUGUUCAGAGAGGCAGGGGUGGACCUGGAGCGACCGCUGUGGGCUACCUGUGGUUCCGGUGUCACAGCAUGUCAUGUCGUUCUGGCUGCUCAUCUGCUCGGCCACCCUGGGGUCUGUGUUUACGACGGCUCCUGGUCUGAAUGGUUUAAGAAGGCAUGUCCAGAGCAUGUCAUCUCAGAGGGAGAUGGACAGAAGGUGUGAACAAACAAAAGUGGAGAGACAGGGGACUACUACAUACAAGGAUGUGAUGUUACUUUUACAAGGGAAAGCUGUGUGUUUUCUGCCAACAAGAGUUACAGAUAAGGGCUGCAAGACUAUCCAAAUAGUCUACAAAUACUGAGGAGGUACUAUAUGCUGUAGAGGGCUUUGCACAGUGAGCUUGUUAUGAAACCUAAUUACUCAUUUAACAGUUGCAAGUUUAAGCAGCUGUCAGAAACCUUUAAUGAAAAUGUCCCCUACAUUAUGCAGAUGAUUAAAAAUUUCAUUACGGGAAGGUAUCAUAAUUUAGAAAAAUGUACAUGUUACUAUCAUGUUACCCUACAGUAACAUGAUAGGUUUUAUGUGUUGAAUGGUCCAAGAUAUGUUUGAUUCACCUCUUGAAAAGAUGUCACUAUUGUUGUACAAUUAUGGGACGAUCUUCCAAGAAAUGUGUUAAGACAGGAGAGGUCUGAUUCUUGAAAAAAGUAUACUUUCAUGAUAGGAGGAUAUCAUGUGGAUAUAUUGUAUUCUUUUACAAAUGUUACAAUAAAUGGAUGGUUGAGGUU